AUGCGAAGGACGCAGAAGAAUAAGGCUACGGAAUAUCAUUUGGGUCUAUUAAAAGGAAAACUUGCCCGCCUCAGGGCACAGCUUCUUGAGCCAACUGGAGGUUCAGGCUCUGGUGGAGGAGCUGGAUUUGAUGUCAGCAAGAGUGGUGAUGCUCGUGUGGCUCUCGUCGGAUUUCCAUCUGUCGGAAAAUCGACAUUCUUGUCCAAAAUCACCAAGACCCGUAGUGAAGUAGCUGCUUAUUCUUUCACUACGUUAACGGCUAUUCCGGGUGUCCUAGAAUAUGGUGGGGCCGAAAUUCAGAUCCUGGAUUUGCCUGGUAUCAUCGAAGGUGCCGCGGAGGGUAAAGGUAGAGGUCGUCAGGUCAUAUCUGCAGCUAAGACGAGUGAUCUUAUUCUCAUGGUCCUUGAUGCUACCAAACGGGCCGAGCAACGAGCUUUGUUGGAGGCGGAAUUGGAAGCUGUGGGAAUCAGACUUAAUCGCGAGCCGCCGAACAUUUACCUGAAAGCGAAGAAGACGGGCGGCAUGAAAAUCUCAUUCCAGAACCCCCCGAAGAACCUGGAUGAGAAGAUGGUCUAUAAUAUCCUGAGAGACUACAAGAUGCUUAAUUGUGAAGUUUUGGUGCGGGAUGAGUACGCGACUGUUGACGAUUUAAUCGAUGUGAUCAUGAAGGAUCAUAGAACAUACAUCCGAUGUCUAUAUGUAUACAAUAAGAUCGAUAGUGUCAGUCUCGAUUUCUUGGACAAGCUCGCUCGUGAGCCCAACACGGCGGUCAUGAGUUGUGAGCUCGAUUUAGGUGUACAAGACGUCGUUGAAAGGGUAUGGAAAGAACUUCGAUUAAUGCGAAUCUAUACCAAACGAAAGGGCGUCGAACCUGAUUUCAACGAGGCACUUAUCGUGCGCAGCAACUCGAGUAUAGAAGACGUAUGUGAUGCUGUGCACCGUACCCUUAAAGACACAUUCAAGUACGCUCUUGUAUGGGGAGCAAGCGCUCGACACGUGCCACAGCGCGUGGGAUUAGGGCAUAUGGUGGCCGAUGAAGAUGUUGUUUCUAUUGUUGCGAAGUAA